AUGGUCGCCGAGGACACCACGACGAUGUCGGCGCCGACGCACGCCGUGCCGCCGCGCAGCCGCGAGCGCGCGAAGACCCCGCUGUCGCUCAACCUGCCGCACUCCGGCACCGCUGGCGGCACCACCGGCCAGUACGCCGGCGUGACGCACCCCCCGGGCAACGCGGCGGCCAUCGCGGGCCCGCACGGCACCGAGCCGCUGCUCUCCGCGCGCGCCCCCGCGCCGCCCCUCCCGCUGCAGACGGAGGGCGACAUGCGCGCUCCCCCGGCCGUCGCGGCCUCGGGCGCGCACAUGUCCUUCCUCCGCAUGCUCGGCCUGCUGGGCAGCAACAGCGGCGCCGCGUCGCACGGCGCAGGUUCGGCGCGCGUGGCGCCCACGUCGCAGCCCGAGCUGCCCGCGGCCCCCCCGGCACGCUCGCACCAGCGCACGCCCCCCCUGCAGCCGGCGGCGCCCCAGCCGUCGCAGGACGCCCACAGCAAGCUCGUGUCGGCGCUGGGCACGCUCAUCAGCAACGCGUACCUUGCCGCGCGCGGGACGCAGCCCGGACACGGCCAGCGCGGCAACCACGCCCGUCGUAGCGGCGGGGGCGGCAACGGGUCCGUCGGCGCGCUCUCGCACGGGUGCGGCGGCGCGUCGAGCCGCCCGCCCCUGGACGUGGCUGGCGGGACGCACAAGCACAAGCACCACCACCACCGUGCGGCGAACAACAACCCGUACUACGCGAAGCCCCAGCCGGCCCCGGAGCACCAGCCGUCGACCCCGGCCUCGAAGGAGAUGCCGCGCCCGCCGCCGCCGCCACCGGCCAAGGCCCGCAGCCACAAGGCGGACGACCUGCCACAGCACCAGCAGGCGCAGCCCCCCGCGCAGAAGCAGCAGGGCGAGAAGCGCAGCGCCCGCUCGCAGGAGCCGGCCCACGGCAAGCCCGCCUCCCCCUCGGCGGCGCAGCAGCCUGCGGCCAAGAAGCAGAAGCUCAUGCCGGGCCCGUCGACGCAGCAGCAGACGGACGCGCAGAACGCCCUCGCGAUGCUGGCGGACUGGAUCACGCAGCAGGCCCCGCAGCGGCAGGACGUGGGCGCUCAACCCGGCGCGGGCGAGCUGGCUGGACAGAUCAUGUCCACGCUGCUCUCCUCGGCGCAGCAGGUGCAGCGCACGGGCGCCCACGUGGCGCACCGCGACAGCGAGCAGCUGUCGGACAAGUCCGGCGGCGGCGGCGCGGAGGGCUCGGGCGGCGGCGCGGAGGGCGGCAACGGCAGCGGCGAGGAGGCCGCUGGCCGGCCCGACGCGGUGAUGCGCGGCGGCGAGCGGCAGUCCGGCAACGCGGGUGGCUCCGGCGUGGACGGCGACGACUCGGGCGGCGUGGACGGCGAGGGUUCGAACGAGCCUGGGAAGAAGCGCUCCACGGAGAACCCCUGCUCGGGCUCCGGGCUGCUGGGGCUGUCGAGCGGGGAGUCCCGCGGCGUGCAGGAGGGCAACGGCAACGCCGUGGCGGCGACGAUCAACGGCAGCGGCGCCACCGCCGACGGCGUGGGCGGCGUGGUGGGGUCUGCGCUCCGCACACAGGAGCUGCAGGCCGCCACCGCCGCGCCCGACAAGGACCGCAGUGGCGCGAACCUCCUCGGUCGCCUCGACCUCGCGAUCAACGGCUCAAGCGCCAUCGACGGCCGCUUCGCCGGCCAGCCGAACAACGGCGCGGACGCCAGCGGGUGCUUCCCCGGCGGGUUCUCCGCGGUCCGGAAGGGCGGCGCCGCGGCCCCGACGGCCGAGGGCGGCGGCAGCGGCAGCGGCAGCGGCGAGGUGGCCCGCGGCGCAGGCCGCGGGGGCACGCCGGGCAGCGUGCCGCUGUUGGGCCCUGCCCUCGCAGCCAAGCCCGCCGGCGCUCCCGUGGCCGGCGUUGUGGACCCCGCGACGGGCCUGAACGGCUCGAGUAAGGAGGGAAGCAACAACGGCGGCACGAACGGCAACGGCGGUUCGGGCCACAACGGCAACGGCUCCAGCAAAGAGGGCAGUGCCGGCAAUGGCAACGGCAGCGGCGGCAACGGCAACGGCAGCGGCGGCACCGGAAACAACGGCUGGGGCAAAGCCGGAAGCAACCGCGGCAGUGGCAACGGCGCCGACGGCAGCGGGAGCGACGGCAACGGCACAGGUGGCCCUGCGUCGCCCGCGCAACCCAGACCCUCCCCCCUCCCUCCCCCCUCCUCUUAA